CAGGCUGGACCGACUGUUAGGGAGCAGAUAGGGGCGGAGGAGGGGUAAAGUGAACGGACGGCACUCUAUCGACAGAGUCUGUGUCCUCACAAAGCUGACAUGAACUGUAUCACCGGCUGGCUGUAUUUUGCUCAUCGGUUUUCCUUUUGUGUUCAUGACUUUGGACGCGAGAUCACGGAGACAACAGAGUCAUUUUAGCCUCCGGUAACAAAAAAGACAAAAGAUUUUCGCAAACCUGGGGCUUGAACACAACAAUACCGACAAUAAAGAGAGAUGACGGAGGGCCGGCUUUGUCAGGUGCUUCUGCUAGAUGACAGGCAGCUGGAACUGCUGGUCCAGCCAAAACUGCUGUCCCGAGAUCUCCUGGAUCUGGUUUCAUCACAUUUCAACUUGAAAGAGAAAGAAUAUUUUGGAAUCUCCUUCACUGAUGAGAGGGGUCAAACAAACUGGCUUCAACUGGAUCGCAGGGUGCUGGACCAUGACUUUUCCAAAAAGACUGGACCACUUGAGCUUAAAUUCCAAGUCAGGUUUUACAUCGAGAGCGUUGCAUAUUUGAAAGAUGCUACCACUGUCGAACUGUUUUUCCGGAAUGCUAAGAUAUCUGUCUUCAAUGAAAACAUUGAAGUGGAGAGUGAGAUCGUUUUUAAGUUAGCUGCAUACACUGUUCAGGAGGCAAACGGAGACUACAAAAGUGAUGAAAGCACAAGAUCAGACUUAAAAAAGCUUCCAGCUUUCCCUACUGCGGUUUUGAAGGAGCACCCAUCAUUAGCAUUCUGUGAAGAUAAAGUAAUCGAGCAUUAUAAGAAGCUAAAAGGACUCAGUCGUGGACAGGCUAUCGUACGGUAUCUGACCUUAGUUGAGUCCUUGCCUGCAUAUGGAGUUCAUUACUACAAAGUGAAGGACAAACAGGGCAUACCGUGGUGGUUGGGGAUUAGCUACAAAGGCAUUGGCCAGUACGACCUGCAAGACAAGCUCAAGCCACGAAAGCUCUUUCUGUGGAAACAGCUUGAGAACUUGUAUUUCCGUGAGAAGAAGUUCGCCGUAGAGGUCAACGACCCUCAGAGAAGAACAGCUUCUAGACGCACAUUUGGUCAGUCUGGUCAGGUCAUCCACACGUGGUAUGCCAGCCACUCUCUGAUCAAAACCAUCUGGGUAAUGGCAAUCAGCCAACACCAGUUCUACCUGGACCGCAAACAGAGUAAAGCUAACAUAACUACAGCAAGAAGUUUGGGUGAUAUUGCCAUGGAUCUCUCAGAGACUGGAGCUCCAAGGAACAGUAAGCUGGUCAGCAUGGAGAGUAAAGACAAGCUCAUCAUGGCCAGCAAUGGAAGUUUGGUCUCUUCCAAUUCUGCUGAGAAUGAUGUCAAUGAGGAACUGAAGAAAGAGAAGAUUGCAGAACUGAAGAAAAAACAGGAGAGCUUAAAGGAAAUUCUGGCACUAAAGGAAGAAGAGCUGAAGAAAAUCUGCCUCCGGGAAGCUGAGCUGACCGGUGUGUUACCUAAGGAGUAUCCUUUGGCAUCAGGAGAGAAGCCCCCCAUUGUUCGAAGGCGCAUGGGAACUGCUUUCAAAUUGGAUGAUCUUUUCCCUUAUGAUGCGGACCCUCAUUUAAGAAACCUAGAGAGCUGCUUUGCACUCCAGAAGAAGAUUGUGGAGGCAGCGAAAAAACUUGCCUAUGAAAAUGAGCUCUGUAAAACUGUGAAGAAGAAACGCAGGAGAAACCUUCUGGAUGCUACCAAAAAACUUCAGGGGAUUGAAAAUGAGAUUAAUGCUUACAGAGUGAAGAUUGGCAAGGAGCCCACACAAAGAGCUUCCGUCAUCAUUGCUGAUGAUGUGAACCUUGACAGCCUUUCUGACUGCCUGAAUUUGGAAGAUGAUGAGCCAUCGCAGAGACAACGUUCACGUUCAGUACAGUGUUCUCCACGUCCCAACUCGUCAAACUCCUUCGCCGCAUCAUACCUUUCAGAUCACAUAGAUCAUGGCAGUGACGACUAUCGGGACUGCAGCAGAUUAAAUUACGGCGAAGUCCAAGAACCUGUGCCCUAUAUACAUGGAGACACCUUAUCGACACACAGCAGCCCUUACCGUCAACCCUCACGGCAUCCCUCAGACUCAAGGAGCAUGCCCCCCACCCCUCAACUUCCCCGCAAUGCCUACAGCAGCAUCCAGCUCAGCACUCAUUUUCGGCAGCGCAGUGGCAGUCUGGAAUCUCAGUCACAGUUCCUCGCGGAAAGCGAACCAUCCGAGCCUGUCUUCACCAUCUCUCCUCCUCGUCGUAGCAACAGCACUGAAAUACUUGACGACGGCUCCUCCUACACCAGCCAGUCCAGUGUGGAGUACUCCGUUCCCGGCUGCCAUUCCCGUGCCAAAAACCGGCAUCGGCGGAGGCAGGGCAACAUAUACGCCAACACAGGAAGCAUGCCCAACCUAGCACAGAAUGACACACGUGGUUAUACAUCCCAGCCUCUGCAACAACCAACCACCACAGCCUAUUACGUCACUGGAUAUCCACGGUACAUCGAACCUGAAGUUUACCCAAAUGGACCGUACAUGUAUGAGACUGAGAUGGAGGGACACUAUAAUGUUAACCCCUCCUACCCCAGACAUGACCCUCAUGGGAACUAUGGCCAGGAUGAGAUAGACGGUUUGGCUCAUAAUCUUUAUGCCACGUUAAGGCCGCCAAGGAACCGACCUCCAUCCAGGAAUGAGAAUUUUGCCAGAAACAUGCAAAGGGCUGAAGUGGUGGAACACUUGCGUGGUUGGUACAACCGACAGCACAAACAACCAGGGUAUGAUACCUACAGGGGGCCACAGCAAAACCUAGGCUACAGGACCAUGUCAUCAAGUUAUGUACGCAGUGACAGUACAGCUUCCUACUCAACAGUUAGUUCGGGAAACUGGCACGGUCGACCAGUCAUGGCAAUGUCAGAGUAUGAAAUGCCUCUCACACACCAUCAUCAGUCCUACGGCUACAACACUGUCCAUCACAGCCACCCAUUACACAGCAGACACGACUCCAGUUCGCACCCUAAACGUGCUUGGCACUACCCAGCCAGCCCUCAGUACUAUCCUCCUCAUUUUUCCCAAGCUUGUUCUUCCUCACUCCCUCCUCCUCUUCCUCCAUCCUCCUCUUGCUAUCAGAUGAAGCAGAUGGGUUUGUCCCCGCCUCAAUCUGGUGGUGCAAGACAUGCAAGAGUUAAUAAAGCUUCAUUUGCUAAGUGUAGCCCUUGAUAAUCCUAUAUAGACGUGAGCCACCACGAUUCACACACGACUAGCCCAAUGGACAGCAGUUUUGACUCUGAAGACCAGCAGACACUGUAUUGGCAUGAGGACUCCAAACCUGGAACCAUAGUGUAGAAGAGUGAGAGAAACUGUUUCCUGUUCACUCUCAUUGUGCCUUGUUUUCAUCCCAUUGGCUUAUUAAUGGCAAUGAAUUCCGAAGUUAGGAAUGUUGCCGGAGGAGAGCCUUAAAACAUGCGUGUGAAGUUGUUCCUGCUAGACGACUUGAGAAAAGGACAAUGCAUUCUCUUCAUGAACAAACUAUGGGAUAGCACUUUGCCUACAAGACACUGCUGCUGUGGAAACUCAUGAUGCUGUAGGCAGAAUGAACUGGGUACAUUGCCUAACCCUCAAUACACUGUGUGACAUUGAAGGAUUUUGCAACAUAAUGUUUCAUCAGGCACAAGCUAACAAUGAUAUGAAGGAUUGAAACCAGAUUUUUUUUGUAUGUGUAAAACCCUCACCAAAAUAUUCCACAAUGCUUUUUCACACUUGGAUUGUUAAUGUUGUUCAUGCUGAUCUUGUCUUUUCUCAACAAACUUUUUACAGUGUUUUUUUUUUUGUGUUCAUAAACUGAAAGUACUUGGGAUGUGAUGGUGCAACAAAAACUUUUUCAUUCAGUAUUUUCUCAAGUGCAUUCACAAUAACAGACGUCAAUCUUUUCUGGAUUUGUACUGGGCUUUACACAUGUGUAUCAUUUUAAUUUGGUUCACAACCAGCAAUGCUGUUUUUUGAUUAGUGUGCAACUAGCAUUUGGACCAGUCACAAAAAGUAUUUUUGUUUUUACACAUGCCAAGUACUAGUAAAUCAUGCCUGUCGACAUUCUACUUUGCGUCAGCCAUUGCCAAGUAUUCAGUUACUUUUUAAAUCCUGUUAAAUGGAUUAAACGGCUCUAAUUAUUGAAACAUGAUUAUAUGAGAGUACAAUUGUUUUCAUAUUAGCCAGGGUACAAUAGUUGUUACCAUUUACUGCACUUUUAUACCCUAAUGGACUUUGCUCACUCUGAAAGAUUGGAAAUCAUGACCGAGCACACUGCAUCUCUCUUUCUCUUCAGAAGGGAACUGUAUAUGUAUUUGUAAAUACUGUACAAACAUUUGAUACAUUUUUCACCUUUUAGAGAGAUUUGUUUUUAUCAUUUUGAAAGAUUUGUUUUGAAAGCAUAUAAUAUAUAGUUUGGAUUUCUCAAGCUGGUUCUUAGUAAUUUGUCUAAAAAACAUUCAUUGGAAUUAAAAGAGAAAACUGA